AUGCUCCAUAAUCUUUCAUUAUCAUCUAAUGCAUCAAUGAUUCGUUACGCGUUAGCAUAUAAGAACUUCAAUCCUAACGAAACAUAUCCAGAAGAAGAAAAUGUGGAAUCAAGUUUUGAAUUAACGAAAAAGUAUUGGAAAUAUAAAAUUGAAUCAUAUAAGAAACAAGAUGAAAAGGCGAAAAGAGAUACCAAAAACAAUGUUUCAAUGGAUGACUAUCAAUACUAUCACGAUUUAAUCCUUUCAUCUAAAUGCAAAAUGUGUGGUAAAGCGUUUACAUAUGUAAAUAAACCAACAUUAGAUAGAAUCGAUAAUGAAAAACCACAUACCAAAGAAAAUUGUCAGUUAAUGUGUUGUUAUUGCAAUGUCGUAAAAUCAAAUAAAGAUGAAGAUGUUCAACGUUUAAGAAUCAAUUUAAGAAAUUAUGCAUUAAAAAAUAAUUUACCAAUGACUUUAGAUUCAGUUGAAGCUUAUCACAUUCUCCGUAAUGGAAUUACUGGUGGUCUAUCAAAUGUUCAACAUCGUGUUAAUCUUAAAGGAAUCACGCACAUUAAUAAACUUUCAUAUAAUCCAGAAACUAAAACUGUAUCAAAUGAGGACACCACCAACAUUAUGACUCAUUUCGUUGGA